GGGUCCCGGGCUGCGUUCGCUCGGGGCCAGGCCGGGCGGGGAGGCCGGCCCAGCGGGCGGGGGGUGGGGGCAGGCGGGGGCGGCUCCGUGGCUUCUCCCGCCGCUGCCGCCAAGGGGAGUUUCCAGGAAGUGGCCAUAUUGGAUCCAUUCAGCCGCAGCCGCCCGGGCGGAGCGCGUCCCGCAGCCGGCUCGUCCCCGUCGCGGCUCCGGCGCUCGUUCCAGCCCGGACGCCCCGGCACUCGUUCGCCAUGGCGGCCACGGACCUGGAACGCUGCUCGAAUGUGGACCCAGAGCCCCGGAGCCUCUCGCUGGGUGGCCAUGUGGGCUUCGACAGCCUCCCGGACCAGCUGGUCAGCAAGUCGGUCACUCAGGGCUUCAGCUUCAACAUCCUCUGUGUGGGGGAGACCGGCAUUGGCAAGUCCACCCUGAUGAACACGCUCUUCAACACGAACUUUGAGACCGAGGAGGCCAGCCAUCACGAGGCCUGCGUGCGCCUGAGGCCCCAGACCUACGACCUGCAGGAGAGCAACGUGCACCUCAAGCUGACCAUUGUGGAUGCUGUGGGCUUCGGAGACCAGAUCAACAAGGAUGAGAGUUACAGGCCCAUCGUCGACUACAUUGAUGCGCAGUUUGAAAGCUAUCUGCAGGAGGAGCUCAAGAUCCGCCGCUCUCUCUUCGACUACCACGACACCAGGGUCCAUGUCUGCCUGUACUUCAUCACACCCACCGGGCACUCCCUCAAGUCCCUGGACCUGGUGACCAUGAAGAAGCUGGACAGCAAGGUGAACAUCAUCCCCAUCAUUGCCAAGGCUGACACCAUCUCCAAGAGCGAGCUCCACAAGUUCAAGAUCAAGAUCAUGGGUGAGCUGGUCAGCAACGGGGUCCAGAUCUACCAGUUUCCCACAGAUGACGAGGCUGUCGCAGAGAUCAAUGCAGUCAUGAAUGCGCACCUGCCCUUUGCUGUGGUGGGCAGCACCGAGGAAGUGAAAGUGGGCAACAAGUUGGUGCGUGCCCGGCAGUACCCCUGGGGCGUGGUGCAGGUGGAGAACGAGAACCACUGUGAUUUUGUGAAACUGCGGGAGAUGCUGAUCCGCGUGAACAUGGAAGACCUCCGUGAGCAGACCCACACCCGGCACUACGAGCUCUACCGGCGCUGCAAGCUCGAGGAGAUGGGCUUCCAGGACAGCGACGGCGACAGCCAGCCCUUCAGCCUACAGGAGACGUAUGAGGCCAAGAGGAAGGAGUUCCUGAGCGAGCUGCAGAGGAAGGAGGAGGAGAUGAGGCAGAUGUUCGUCAACAAAGUGAAGGAGACAGAGCUGGAGCUGAAGGAGAAGGAGAGGGAGCUCCACGAGAAGUUCGAGCACCUGAAGCGGAUCCACCAAGAGGAGAAGCGCAAGGUAGAGGAGAAACGCCGGGAGCUGGAGGAGGAGAGCAGCGCCUUCAGCCGCAGAAAGCUGGAGGUCCUGCAGUCACAGGCCUUGCAGGCCACCUCCCAGCAGCCCCUGCGCAAGGACAAGGAUAAGAAGAAAGCCAGUGGCUGGUCUUCCAUUUACAGUGUCACUAUCCCCUGAGGCAGCUGUGACGGGCCUGCCGGGCAUGGCCCCAGCUGGCGGUGCCGGGCAUGCGUCUAGCAUCCAGCAGGAGUGUCCCGCCUGAGCGUCCAGCUUGUGGCGCGGCCCUUGGGACAGCCACCCGGCCCAGUAGACAUGCUGCAUACUUUGCCUGUUCCCCUUCCUUUGAAUUUUUCUAACCUCGAGCUUAAUUUUUAUAAUAACUUUCCAACACUUACACUUUUUUUCAUUUGGGCACCAGCAUAAAGACAAAUAAUACCCUCUCCAUUAUUUUCAUAAAGUAACCCAGACUUCUUGGUUAUUUUUUAAACUAAAACUACACCUCUAAACCUCCCUUGUGUAUGAAGCACCCUGCUCGCCUGCAGUAAACGAGCAGGGAGAGGUGGGCAAUAAACGUCCUAGAACAACAGUGUUGGGAACUUCUUUCCGGAUGACAAUGGAGCCAGGGCAGGAGCCUGGGCCACAUUUUCACUGUGAAUGUAAAUGGAACAGCAGCCCUCAGCCGCCGCCCGCGUGCCCUGCAGGUGUCACAUGUAAGCAGGGACACCCGCACCACGCAUGUGUUCCGUAUGGGAGUCUGACUUGAGUUCCCAGACCAGUCCUGCAUUUUGCACAUGCGCAGGUGCCGGGAGGGGCAGGACUGUGGCCUGCCAGCCACCAGCUCCUCCGUCCCACGCUGGAGA